UGGCUUUUAGCCGAUUCCCCGCUCGUUACUUCUCUCUCGCGGCCUCUUCGCAUUAACGGGAACCACGUUCUUGGGUGAUUAAGUUACAUUAGCUAAAAACAGGCUUACGCAUUUGUUUUAUGGGUAUGUUUUCAUUAGUCGUCGCUCAGUUGAGCGCGAGAGUGCAUGGAAAAGUUCAUUUCUUCAAUGAAUGCGUAGCUCUUCAUCCGUCGACAUUGCAUUUCGUUGGUGCGAAACUGAUUUUCAGAAAGCUCCGCAUACAUCGAGGGCGAGAGCAAGCGGUUGAAAUUCUUGUGGAACAAAAGCUGUUGGUUAAUUCCUCAGUUUAGUCCGCGUUUGCUUAGAGUUUAAAUUCGCCCUGAAAAAAUGUCAGAAUGUUUACGACAUCGCUUGCAUUUGGAAAAAAUGUGGGGCACGCCGGGCCAUCAAUGGUCGGCAUUAAAGUGUUUGUAUUCUUAAAAAAUAUCAACGAAUUCCUAUGCCCCAACGGUGUUUCACUGCGGCAUACGUGACGAAAUGUCAUUUCAUUAGGAGGAGAGUUCCAGGAGUUUGGUAUUUCGAGGGAACCUCGACGAGCCGGGAAUGAAAAUAAAAAAUAAAAACAAAAAAAAAAGAGAGAGAAAGAAAGAGAAAAACGAAACUCGAGAGAAGUUGUAAAAGCAAGGGAGAACGAAUAAGUGACCCAUGGGAAUUAAUUCCUACGUUAACUAGCAACCGUUAACCCGCGCGAUGGAUUCUCAACCCCCGCUUGCAAAUCCUUUUUUUCUACGCUAUUUUUCUCCCUCUUCAUCCCUUGCAGUUUUAACAGCAACAAUCGCCCUCACUUCCGCUCUCGAUCUCUCUCCCACUCUCGCAGUUGCUUUCGGUUCGUCUCUUGUGGUUUGGGUGUAUGUAGAGUGAAGCUCUCGUGAGCCUCCGGUCUAUACGCGAAAGCCCGCAAUUCUGUCCCGCCGGGAAAUCUGAACGAAAGGCAAAAUAUUGUUUUCGAUAAUCGACGGAGUUGGAUAGACCAUAUUACAAAAAGCGGAAAAAAAAGUGAAAAUGAAAAGAAAAAAAUGAAAAAAAAAAAGAAAAAAACGAGCGCACUCGAACGCUCGUGCUUGGUAAAGCGAGUUGGAGGAAAAGGGGGAGGCGAGGGGCGGAGAAAAGAGAAAAAGAGAGACUGACAGUGUGGGGGAAGAAAAAAAUGCGCAAUUUAAAAUCUCUCUCAUACACGCGUGGGAAGAGACGAAACCCGGAAAAUGGCACUCGAUCUCGUACGUCGAUUCUUUCAUUCCCUCAAUGCUCUCGGAUGCCACAAAACAAAAUGAUAAAACUCCCCUUUCACUCGAUAAAAAGUCUCCUAUUCUCCGGUAAAUACAUCCUGUCACGUGCGAAAAAAUCUGAAAAUAAUUCAAUUAUCGCUCUCGCACAAGUGCGCGAUGUAGUUUUCGAAGAUGCGAGCGGACGUAGCUUUGGGGAUGAAAGAAUAUUUGUUUUCAGGCGGUUUUAAAAUGGAAAUAAUCUUCUUGAGUAGGGGCAUAAAAGAUUGAAAAAGGGAGAAGAGAAAGUGAAAACUUCAUCAAAUUUUCUCCUGUCAUUUUUGACUCGCCGCGUCAAGAUCCGUCAGCGGGGAAUAAAAUUAAAUGCGGAAGCAGCGUGAAGCGAAGGUGAAUGAAGAAGUGCGGGAAACGCUUCUAGAAUUAGGAAAACUGAAAGAAAAGUAAAAGCGAGAACGAGUGUGAAAGAGAGAGAGAGAGAGAGAGAGAGAGAAAGCACAGAAGAGAGCUCGGAGCUUGCGAAACAACCUCUCGAGAGGUCCGAUAGCGACUGUUGCCUCGCGUCUUAGCUCGUGCGAUUCCGCGAACGCUCGGGAACGCCGGCGCCUCUGGGCGUCGCGACGGCGGGCGUCCAGGACUGGCAAGCUAACGGAAAGGGAGAGAGAGCGAGAGAGUCAGAGAGAGAAAGAGACGGAGAGAAAGAUCGCGCAACUGUAGUGGGUUGACAAAGGGGGUGCGCGAAGUGGUGAGGGUGGCGGGCAAGCAGCCGUAGUCAUCCCUUCGCGCUCACCCCGCCAGACGAGUCCCGACUCUACGCUCGGCCGGACGUGACGUAACGUGUAGCGUAGCGUAGAACCCACGUAACCACCGCGGCACGCUGCUGUUGCUGCGUAACUCGCGUCCGCGUUUUAUCAUUUCUCCAUCAGUCCCAUGUAAGAAUAAAGAACAUACGAUUAAUGAAUGAAAUGAAACGAGAGCUAAAGAAAAGCAAGAUUUUAAUGAUCCGUCGCGUGGAAAUUUUAUUCGAUUUUUUCUAAAAUUUUCGCUUUCGUUGUCACCGAUUCGAAGCAUCUUUUACGGAGAGCGUGAAAAAGCCUUUUACCAUUUUUUUUUUCAAAGAAGCUUUGUUCAACGAAUUAGGAACGAAAGAGAGAAGAGAUUGUACACGACUCCUCACUAACUUUCGUCCAAGUUUCUCCAAGUGUUAUCUCCGAGUUCUCCGCACGCUGUCGGAAUCGAAUGCGUGUCAUCGAAGAUCGAGGUUAAACGAUUUACGGGGAUUAAGGAGUUUGUUUCGUUUCGUUUUUAAAGUAAAAGAAAAUAGAUAAAAACGAAACUCGUGAUUUGAUGUGACGCGAGUGAUUAUUGUGUUCAUCUCGAGAGAAGAUGAAGAUGUUAAACAUAAUCAAGGGAUAAAACGCCGAGGGAGUAAACUCGCCAAUUUUUAUUAGCUGUUCAGUCGUGAAUCCGUCGAGAGUUUUAAUUAAUCAAUGAACGAAGGAGUACACCUAUAAUCUGUGAAUCGUUCGAAUAGAAGAGCUGUGAGAAUAUCACGUGAAAUGGAUAAAAUGACGCACGAUACUUAAACGCAUAAGUGAUAGAGUGCCAGUUUUAAAUAAAGGUAGUUGUUUCGGGCCUGCUUUUGGAUUUAUGCGGGAAGCCUCGUUCCUCAAAAUCAUCGUGGUAAAUAUAACUGACGUCCUCUCCCGUUAUCUCGUUUUAUCAAUGUGAAUACACACGAGCGUACACACGGAUCCUCGAGCUGUCAAAGUUUCGCGCACGCGACACGCCGAGUCAAUACAACGUUUGUCACGUGCCGCUGAAUUUCGAAAGAGGCUGCUUUCGAACGAUCGUGUGACACAGUGAACUCGAUAUAAAUAAACGUUGACGACUGAAAAGACGGGAAACUACGUAAAGGGCUUAAAGAGGAGCUGCUGCGUACGUACACAGCUGCAUAGAUAUCGAAACAACAAAUCUACGUGGAAAUCAAAGUUUUGAGAAUAACGGCUCGCCGCGGCGAAUAACAUCGCCCGACGAUGCUUACCAUGUCAACUCUGAUGAUGCCAACUACGAUGACAACCAUGACGAAUCCAGGCUCGAUUCCAACGCACACCGUGCCGCAGAAGAUCGAGCCAGCCAAGCUGUCAGCAAACCCCAGUAUCAAUCAUGCAGCCGCCACUGCUAACAAAUCAGAGCACUAUCACAUAUUCGUGGGAGACCUGAGCCCGGAGAUCGAGACGCAGACUCUGAGGGACGCUUUCGCUCCGUACGGCGAAAUCUCAGACUGCAGAGUCGUCAGAGAUCCACAGACCUUCAAAUCCAAAGGAUAUGGAUUCGUGUCGUUCGUCAAAAAGACGGAAGCGGAAAGUGCAAUCUGCAGUAUGAACGGCCAAUGGCUAGGUAGCAGAAGCAUCCGAACGAAUUGGGCGACCCGCAAACCACCACCACCGAAAACCGACACGAACGCGAAGCCACUGACUUUCGACGAAGUUUACAAUCAGAGCAGUCCGACAAACUGCACCGUAUACUGUGGUGGUUUGACAAACGGCCUUACGGAAGAGCUCAUGCAGAAGACCUUUUCACCCUUUGGCUCUAUCCAAGAGAUUCGAGUCUUCAAAGACAAGGGUUACGCCUUUGUCAGGUUUUCCACGAAGGAAUCGGCGACCCACGCCAUCGUCGCGUCUCACAACACCGACAUUAACGGACAAACGGUCAAAUGUAGCUGGGGAAAAGAGAGCGGAGACCCGAACAACGCCCAACAAUCGGGACAGGCAAUAUCGUCGGCGACGUAUCCGUAUUACGCGGCGGCAGCGGCUGCCGCGGCCGCAGCGGCGGCUGGUGUCGGUGGUGUCGGCAGCGUGGGCGGUGUAGGAGGCGCCGGACAACUUGGUUACUGGUAUCCUCCCCAAUCGUAUCCAACGACCGCGGCUACGCAGAUGCAGGCAGGUGGCUUUCUUCAGGGAAUGCAGGGAUACACGUACGGACAAUUUGCUGGUUAUCAGCAGGCUCAGUACAUGGGAAUGGGCAUGGGCGUUCAUGCGGCAAGUACGGCAGCGGGAUGGGGACAAGGAUUACCCGGUGGGCCUCAAUUACCCCCCCAUCACGCGACGACAGUCUCGGCACCUCCUGGUGUGCAAGCUGCUCCGCCACCUCCACCUCCACCUGCCCAAAUGAUGGCCUAUCCCAUGCAACAAUUCCAGCUAGCGGAUGAGGACUGGCUGACGCCUAGCCUCCUAGUGUGAUGGUAAGCAAGCGCCCCCAACCGACAGGAAUAAUCGUCACCGUCACGACCAUCGCCAUCAACGACAACGCUGAAGUCGCUCACCUCGACGCAAUCAUCGACUCGGUCACCGUAACGAAAUCAACAAAUAUCAUUUUCAUCCUCGUUGUUGUCGCCGUCGUCGUCGUCGUUUUUUUCGUCCUCAUCCUCGUCAUCGUUCUUGUCGUUUGGGUUUACAAAAAGCCCGCAUCAACGAGAGAAACAAAUAGAAGAAGAAGGGGUCGAAGAAGGAGCGGGUUAACAAUCGACGAGCGUGUUGAUAGAAAAGUGAGCGAAAAUACAUUUUCGGUAGGCUUUACGCGAGUCCUUUUAACAAAUAAAAUACAAACGCCUAUAGCUAAUUACCGGCUCGGGAAAAUCUCACUCAAUAACAGAAUUAAUAAAUCAAGCCGGAAACGUCAAAUAAGUAAGAAAGACCGAGAGAGAAAGAGAGAGAGAGAGACAGCAAAUAGAGAUGAAUGAGAAGUUAAAACUUUGAACUAUAGCGAGAGACCCGACGACUCCUCCCAGCUCAUCCAAGAGUCCUCGUUGCGAGAACUAUAUAUACAUAUUAUAUGAACGUCAAACAAUCUCAUUAUCGUCAUUUACAAGCAAAAUAAAAAUAACCGAAUGACUUCCCCCCUCCACCGCCCCGACCCCGGUUCGACAAACGCGAACAAUCGUAAACACUUCGUUUUCAGUCAAGCUCGGGACACUAGCCAGUUUCUCAGCAUAUUCAAUAUAAACAAAGAAAUGGCUGAUGAGCCGAAACGGGGGGGACACGUAGCGCCAAGUGUUGCGGACCCCGCCACCGCGCGCACCAGCAGCGAACCUGGGGCAAUGCAUUAUUAUUUUCCUCGCUAUAUAUUAACGUAUAUAGCUUCGUCGUGUAUUGCCUCUAAAUAAUCAGUGCAGGAUUCAGAAUAAAUAAUGAAAAAAAACGGGAUAAAAGUAAUCGCUUGAUAGAGAAACUCGAGGAACACGCGUACAGCAUGCAUACACACAAUGACACGUACACGCACACACACACAAACACGUACCGCCCGCAUGCAAGCAAGAUGUCAGCCAUUUUAAAACCGUUCGGCUAUUUAUUUACGAACGAUAAACUCCAGCGAUGACCCGUGAUCGUGUCUCAUCUCCUUUUUCACUGUACGAUACCCACGGUCUUUUAGUACAUGUAUAAACAAAAAAAAAACAAGGAAUAAAAUAAAAUAAAAGCGCAAAAAAAGAAAACGAAAAGUAGGAAAAAUGAAGAAGACGUACGUACACGCGUAUGUACGUACGUCGUUGAUGGGAGCUCUGUAAAUUUUCCACCGAUCCCCCCUGCACGCGAACGCAAAGUGGAUCUCCGCUCGGCCAAUAUUUGCCCGUGCCAAGCGAAUCCGUUAUUUUUGUAUAGGUAGUUUGUAACGUCGACGAGGCCCUCCCCCCCUCUACGUACACAUUCGACCGCGGUGUAUCUUACGGUUAUAUCGGGGAGAUGAUAUUUUACUCUACACUCACUUCCAUGAGCAAGAAAAACAUUAAGGAAAGUGCGAAAGCGGCAAUAACAUAACGAGACAAAGGAUUAAGAGAAUUCAUUAAAUUAAUAAGAAAUAUUAAAAGACGCUCGGGAGCCACACGACACGUCGCCAUCGACGAUCUGCCCCACUCGCGCUCUGACUCCCCAGCGUUCUCUGCGAAUCAUCCACGUCACGCGAGCGGACACACACACACACACACACACACACACACACACACACACACACACACACACACACACACACACACACACACACACACACACACACACACACACCCAAUUAAAUACAAACAUGUGUAUCUCCGGUAGUUUAGUACAUCGAGUGACUAAUCCACUUUUUUUUUGGAUACGAGAAGGAACUUGAGCCAUGUGACUUAAUCCUUACCCCGGUCCCUUCGAGCAACGAGGAAAAAAAUGAGUUGGUCAUUUGUACGAAAGCACGGUUCAAGAGAUUGCAUAUAUAUAUACUCUUGAAGGAAAAAACAAAUAUUGAAGAAAUCAAACAGAGGCAAGAUAAAAUGAAAAAAUUAACUUAAACUCUAUAGAGAAAAAAAAAAAAAAAAAAAAAAAGAGGAAAACAAAUACAAAACGAAGACGGAAAAAAGGAAGGGAAUAAACGGUUUCUGAGACGAAUUAUUUUGUUCGUUUUUCCUGUUUUUUGUGGCGAGUCUCUCUCCCUCCCCGAUAUCAAAGGAAACGGGGAUUUUUUCGGUGGGUGAGAAUCUCGUGAUCAAGCGCAGCGCACAAUACGUCGUGGAGGAUAUUACGAAGGGAGGCGUUAUCGGGUGUUAUUUACUUUCGAGGUAGACAACAAACAACAAAAUAACAAAAAAACAACAACAACAAGAAAUAUAUAUAUAUAUAUAUAUAUAUAUAAUGCAAAAUUAAAAUGAAAAUGAAAAAGAAAAAAAAACAAAAAAACAAGUCCAACGUAGCUAGUUAGAUAUAAAUAUCUGUGGCGCGAUACAAAAGGAGAUCGAAUCGUCGAUCACGCUGAUACGAAUCUGUCACUUUUUGUAACUAAAACCACAGAUAUAUGAAUAAACAAAUGAAUAUAUUAUAAAUACAUUAUUACAAUGUCAAAGUACAUAUUGUACCCGCGUACAUGAGAGGCUUGUUCCAAACUCGGCGGCGAGUUAGAUCGACUCGUAUAUAUUUCGUUUGAUACCAGAUAUUAUUGGGUCGAAACUGCGGAUCAGAUCCGUCAUGAAAAUAAUGGCUCUCCCUCCCUCCCUCCCUCUCUCUCUCUCUCUCUCUCUCUCUCUCUCUCUCUCUCUCUCUCUUCUCCUCACUUUUCUACUUUCUGCCUCUCUCACUCUCGACUCUUUUAUUUCUUCAUAUUAAUCAAUCAAUCUGUAAUUACUUUGUGAUCCACGUUCGAUUAUUUUUUUUGACCAAAACGUCGAUUGCCCCAUAAGUGGCGUUAAUUAAGUGGAAUUUUCAGUAAUCAAUUUGAUGAGUUUCGAUUUCCACAUUCGAAUUUCAUUACAACCAAGUUUUGAUUAGAUUUUCAUCUGUUCGAAAUGAAUUUUAACGUUUCGAUUAUCGUAGACUGUUCUCGAGCUCACAAUCAUCGCUGGAAAGAGUUUUCAUUAUUUUCAAUCACGUUUCCUUGGUAACUAUUUUUCUUCCACUUAGCCAAUAUCCGGACGUAAAUACACCAUAAUUUUUUUCUACUCCAUAUUCGAAGCGUAGUUUGAGAAGAAGGGAAAAAUGAAAGUUGGCUGUAACUUUUAGGAAAGUCCUGGUUACGAGUAAUUCGUUGGAAUUUUAUGAAAAAAUCAAUCGCACCACUUUGACGUUACGUGUUUUAUUUUUAACUCAAUUCCCCCGAGUAUCGCUCACGAAGAAAUGUGACAGACGAAAGAUUAGGAUCGCGUGCAUGCACCGUGUGUUCGAGCUCGUUGACAAACCGUGCGAUCGAAGGUACACCGCUUGAGACAGAAGUAAACAGCUUCGGGACAAGAAUGUAGACGAAUAAUUGACAAGACAACGAAUGGAACGAGGCUGAAAGCGUGUUUUAUAAGGGAUUUGCGUCGCGAGAAAAACCACCAAAUUUUCGUCAAAAAAAAGAGAAAAGUACCGAGCUUGUAAUUCCCGGAGUUUAUUCUUAAAAUUAAUCCACUUGUUAGAGUUCAAAACGUUAUUAAAAUUCGCUGGGAAAAUGUAAUGCGGUUUAAUUCCAUGUGAAAUUCUGACCUCCGAGAGCCACUGAAAACGACAUUGAGCAUGAAAAAAGCUCCUUACAUGACCUCACACGAUCGAGGGUAUCCUCACGAUCAUACAUUAAUUGGCUGUCGAAUAUCGAGUAGAAAAAGAGACGAGAAGCGGAGCAUAAAAAACGCAGAUCGAAGUGAACCAGACCACGGAGAGAGAAAUUUUCAAUUAGCGAUUAGCUUCUAAAGUUUUUCUAUUUUUUUACAAAUGCGCCUCGUUAUACGGGAAUUGAAGGGAUACGAAAAUUAAAAUAUUCGAAUGAAUAAUGUGAAAAAUCGGAGAAAUAGGCAAGAUAAAUAGAAAAUUAAAGCCGAGUUAAAAAGACGAUGAAGGAUGAACAAAAUUCGUGAAGAAUGUUUUGAAAAUUAAGUUCCCACCAACUCUGAAUUUGGCCUCGAUGAAUCGACGGGAGGGGGAAGCGCGAGGGAACUUUCAAGUGACUCGAAUUCCAGCCAUUGAUUUAUCGGGAUCGAGAUAGGAGCGAGCCUACAGAGCUAGUCUUUUCUAGUACUCAGGCGUGAACGUUUUUGCCCCUUUUUUUAGCCGUUUUUCCCCAGGCUCGGAUGAAAAUUCGACGGGAGUUGAGGGAUGCACGGAGUGAAAGAUUUUUCUCGUGAUAUUGAAGUCGUCGAAGGGCGAAAAUACACGAGCAUAUAUUUUCCGCGGAGCGAUCCUUCGCGCGAGAACGCGGGAGGGAGGGAAUGAGCGCCUCAAAGUGGAUAAGUCCAGCGGCGAUCGCAGGCACCGAUAAAACUCGGCCGGUUCGUGUUGCAGUCACCGGAUCCCACGUUUUUUUGCCUUUCUUUCGCAACCCUCAUGCAUCAUUUUCGAUCUCCAUUCCACUCGCAGUAGCCCCCAAAGGCCCCCUCCAGUUUUCCUCAAAUUUUAUUCUCGUCCCUAUCGAAGGAUGACGAAUAAAAUUGUAUGUAAGAAAAGUAAGAACAAAAUUGAAGCAGCUUUAACAAGGUCACUGUGACGAGAUUGAGAGACGCACAAAAAAACGAGUCGUUUGUACGGAGCUAAAUAAAACGAGAGGACGAGAGACGAAUAAAAAUUGAAUGAAAGAACCGAAAAAGAAUGAAAAAUGGGAAAUGGAAAGAGAGUGGGAGAAAGCGGCGAGGGGGGAGGGGUUGAGAAGCGUGCAUGCAGAUCUCGCUGUCUCGUAUAGAGCAUAAACUGGUAUAAAUAUAUGAUUAUGGAUACGUAUAAGAUAGUCUAGGCUAGGGCAAAAAGAGCGUCGUGUGUGAGGCAAAUGAAAGCAAAAAACGUUAAAAAAUGAGUCAAGUUGAGAGGGGAAAAAGGGGGGGACGAAGAAAAGGGAGGUGAAGGUUACAAAAGAGCGGUGAAUAAGUAGAAAAAGAAAUGAGAGAAUGUUGUACAUUAUUAGUUAGGAGAAAACAAUAAAAAUCUAGGCAAAUUUUGUAAAGAAAAAAAGAGAGAUAGUUUGUAAGAGAGGAUGCCGAAUACACGAGGGCGUAUAUCGAAAGUCAAUCGAGAUUUUUAUUCUUCGUUAUGAUUGUCUAUUUUUUAUUGAAUAUAAUUAAUUGUUCGUUGAUUCACCAUCGAAACGAAGAUUCGUGGAGAAGCUCGGCUUGUUGAGAGGGCAAAAAAGGAAGUAGACAACGAAAUUGCGUCUCCGAUUCAUUCGCUUUUUAAAAAAAAGCGAUUUCUCCGCGAUUAAUAACUUGCUUGGGUUAUUAACGCACUUUCGUUUAAUCGGGAAGGUACGACUGUUCCGAACGAGUGAAACUUUCGAUUUGGAAUGUACCAGCCCCGCGAAUACAUACAUCACAGCCAAAGAUUCGCGAUAAAACAUGCGAGCGACGGGUGAACUUUGCUCCCGUUCCCGUCUAUCGCUCCGUAUUGAAACAGGUGAAGAGGGAAUAACGAGAAAUGCAAUGCAAACGCCCGUCUAUCGCGAUAAUCGAAGAAAUACACAAUAAAGUAUAUAGAUAGACGAAAAUUAUUGUAUUCCCUCGCGUGACGUGCGUUUUGUGUGCACUCUCGCUUUCCUCCCGACCUGUCUCACUCGCAAUUGUGAAAAUAGAAAAUCGAUUUCCGGAAGAGCUCAUAAAUUACUCGCCUCUCGUCCGUCGUAUGGGGACCUUCGAGGCUUCGCAUCUCAUUUUUUUCGCAAAUGAGUUCAUCGGCAAUCAUUUUUUAUUUUUUUCUAUCUGUCAUCGAAUCUUUUCAUUUUUUUUUCUCCGGCAGAAGAUACGGAAGAAAAAGCACUCGAAAAUCUGAACGAUUCCCCUCACAAUCAUGUACCUUUCUUUCUUCUUUUUUUUUUUCUUUUUUUUUUUUUCUUUUUCCAGAAAAAGCCUGAUUCUCACGGAUCUCGUUAGCUUUCACAAAACAAACAAGUCAAACCAGAGUUCCGCCCUCCUCUCAUUCAUUUUGUAUUAUCCGGUACGAAAAUACGUGAUAGAGCACGAGUUCUUUGUUGUAUAAAAUUGUUGGUUAUUUCGACGGAAGAAAAGGAAGGACUAGAAAAUACGAGCAAUCCGAAUUGACCGAGCGAAGGAGUCGGUUACAGAGAGAAAGUCGAGAAAACGGGGAAACCAGCGAGCGAGAAAGAGAGAGAGAGAGAGAGAGAGAGAGAGCUGAGGAACCUAAAAAAGAAUAAAUUAAAUAAAAACGUAAAGAAAAAUAUUAAAAUGAAAAAAAAAAAAAAAAAAAAAAAAACACAUGACGCCUUAGGAAUUAAGGCACGUAGACGUUUUAGUGACGUUUUGUAGAACGUACCGAGUCGUGUGUUUAGUUAGAAAGCGCGCAACGAGAGAGCAUGACAAUGUUAACUAUAUAUAAGAGAUGCGAGAGAGGGAGAGAGAUGAACAAAAAGAAAAUAAACAAAAAUAAUACGAACAAAACGAAGCUGACGAUGAAAAUUCGAGUGAGAGCGAGCGAGAGAGAGAGAGAGAGCAAGAAUGAGUGAUAAACGUUAAGGCGAUAACUAAUAAGUAGAUAAUUAAUUGACUUAGGACAAAGGAGAGGAGGAGAGGCGUGAAAAACUAGUCGAGACAUUAAGUGUAAAAAGUAAACGGGCGAGAUAAAGCGAAAGAAAAGGGGAGCGCGCGAUCGUAAAAAACGUUGUUUGGUAUCGAGUGUGUGUAAAAGAGUGGACAAAAACUUCAAGAAAAAAGAAAACAAAAUAAAGAGAAAAUAACAAAAAUCAAUGAAAACGUGGCAACGACGACGAGCAGGCGGUCAAGUAGGAGGACAACAAAAAUUAUACAACACUAUAGACGGUUUAAGUUUACAAAUUUAAGAGCCAAUUAUAUCUUAAGGUGAUCCAGGCAAAAGAAGAAGAAGAAGAAGAAGAAGAAGAAAAAGAAAAAGAAGAAGAAGAAGACGGAGAAGAUUAAGGAAAAAAUAAUAAAAUAAAAACACGAGAAAAACACCAAAAAAUACACGUUACACAUUGAACACGCAGUGAGAAAAAAUAUUCAGAGACAAACUUUACGAUUAAGCUAAGGGAAAACUAUGUAUAUAUGUGUAUGUGUGUGCUACACAUAUGCACAUAUGCACAUAUAUAUAUAUAUAUAUAUAUACAAAUAUAACGAGAACACACGCCCAACUGUAGAAUAAAUUAGCAAAGAAAAGAAAUAAAAUUAACAUAAUUAAAGAAACAAAGAUGAAGAUGAAGCAGAAGAAAAAAAAACAAAAGUAACGAAAGGCAAAGUGCGUGUGAGGCGACGAAACUUAAGAAGAAAAAAAAACAAAAAACAUUAAUAAAAAGCGAAGCUCUAGACGUAGUCUAGUCCUAGUCUAACGCGUCGGACACUAGAUUAACUCGUAGCGAAAGAGAGAAAAAGAAACAAGAAAGCCAUAGAAGUACACAUACACAUACACACACGCGCGCACACACACACACACACACAGACAGAGACAAGAAAAACGUGAGAGUUGUGAAAAACAAACCAAUGUAAUAUGAAUUAAACGAAGUAACACGAAAAAAAAAAGAAAUAAUAAUAAUAAUAAAUGAAAUGGGAAAAAAUAGCGAUGUAACUAUAUGCGAGCAGAACGCACCCUGCACCUUAUUCACCGUCAUAAUACACAACAGACACACAAUACAAAUACUAACCAAAUUAUACCUACACAUCCACACAGAAUCAUAUGGUCCAAUUGGGAAAACAAGGGAUGCGGUCUCGAUUCGAAAAGUCAUUCGAAAAUGUACAUCUCAGAACAGUCAAAGACGUGUGUAUGAUUUCCUUAAUCCUUGCCAUACACUUUCAUUUAUUGUACGCCAUUUGCCUGGAAUAUUCUCUCGUCAGAUAUGAUGCUAUGAAUGCGUAAAAGGUUUGAAUCGGUCAUAACGAUUCCAACGAUCCAAUACAACGAAGACGACGUCGAACCUACCGAAAAAAUGUCAGGAUUUGAGAUGCUUACGACUUGAGUUUACUAAAUUUUUGGAUAGCACGGGGAAAGGAAUUUCAGUUUUUGAGAAUGAACUUGACAGUUUUGUUAAACUGGAAAAUUUAUUUUCGUAAAAAUGACAGUUGUCGCUGGUUCAUAAUGAAUUCGAAAGCCGUAGAUAAAUUCGAGUGGGAAAAAAUACGAAAGAAAGGUGGUGGGUUUUUUGGUGAACUGGCUCGUCCCAAUCCGCCACAAGGAAGCAUCGUGCUGACUGCAUCCCGCAUUUGGCGAGAGCCACGUUGGCUCGACUCACGACUCUCCCGGGCUCGUUCUUCCUCGUCGUUCCAGGGAUCUCACACCACUAAAGAGUUAUUCCUCCUCACGUCGUUCAAGAAUCGACAAGCUUGGCUCUUCGCUUCGAAGCCUGUCUUUUUCUUCUUCUGCUUCCUUCUUCUUCCUUCUUCCUUAUAUUCGGUCUCCUUUUGCGUUAUCGAAUCACGGCAUUUGCCAGCUACCACGAGAUCCAAUUCCUCAUCUUUUUUUCUCUCUCACUCUCCUCUCCUCCCUCCCCGUCUUUCUUUCUUCUUUUUCGUCCAGUCUAUUCGGAUUGCAUUCCCCGUCGUGGUACGUCGGCUCAAGUAUGACGCGAGCUUUCGUAGGCGUUGCACACACCCCACGGACCAUUUUUUCCGAAGCAAAUUCCUUACAAUAUUUCAAAUAAUCGUCUCAACGUCUGAUUUCAUUUGAUAAACGUUGAUCAUUGAUUCCGACGAUUUUUAGUGGCUUCAAAAUUUCUUGGAUUCAAGACCCGUGAAGAGGAAAAUUUUUGUCCGAGUCAUCGAAAUAAAAGGAAUCUUUCAUUCGCAACGCUUCUAUCCUUAUAACGAAACUUUCGGUCUCUUGACCUCGGAGCCUCGGUCAUUGAUCAGGUGACCUUUUUCCCCUCGACACUGUGCGCGGUAAACUACCGAUAUCUUUUUGCACUUAGCACCGAAAAUAUUUCAAAGGGGAGGGAUUGAACAAGAACUCAUUUGCGUAAAGAGAAUAAGAGAAAGAAAGAAAGAAAAAAAAAACGCGGAAGAAAAAGCUGUCCACCCCUCGAUCAUUUGUAUUCGGUCGCGCGGGCAUUCGCUCGCUCGGCAAAACUUUCGGCGUUUCGCCAAAUUACGGAAGCUUGAAUUAUCUCGCGGGAAAACGGUUCAUUCACAGUUACCAAUCGUUUGUCUCCCGGUGGGAUGGGUCUCUUUGUAUUUACGGCGGGAUUCUUCAGCGGCUCUCUCAGGCUCAUUUAUUUUUCUAACAAUGCGCCGGCGGCGGGUGCUGUUUUUUUGUUGUACUCGUCUCUAUAUAACGGGCUCAUAAAAUUAAUGGAGAAAAGAGAAUAUUGCGAAUCUGGCAUACAGUCUCUCACCGACGGGAGGAGAAAAACGGAGGCUGCGUGAAUGAUGAGAAAAGAAGGAACAGCGAUGCGGAGCUGUUGACGGGGAGCUCUUUCGCCAUACGAUUAGCCCUGUUUCCGAGCAAUCUCGUUAUCCCUAUUUUUAUGAAAUGUCGCAAGUAAGGAGUGUCGUCUGUGAAAUGUACUUUCGAUAAUGUUGUUUCGAGGCAGUGGCUAUGGCACCUUAAACACAGUGAGAGAGGUUUGAGAGUUUCGAGCUUUGACUUUGCUCCUGUGCGCUGGAUAUGUUUGAGAAGCUAAAUUGAAUUCCCGCGAGGCGCUAUGCGGGAUGGAAAGAGGCUGAGGGGGAGGAGCCAGAUAGACGAACCCUGCGAGAAAGAGGGAGAGAAAAUGGGAAGAGGAGUGAGAGAUUGGAGAAUCACGGGAUAUUCCCGAAUGCAGGAAUGACAAGGCCGGGCUUUCAUCGUCGCUAGGCUAGAGCAAAACGCAUAGAAUUCUGAGGGGUGAAUAUAGUAGCCACAGAGCACCAAUAUCCAAUCCAACACACGCGUCUUUGACCUCGUACAAGGAUAAAGACAGUGGAAGGGAGCGGAAGGAGAGGGGACCGGAAGAGACGAAAUAGAGCACACGACACAAUUCAGACGCAACAGAGAGACUAUAACACAAAUACUAAUUGACACAGAGCACCGCAGAGAAUAUCUAGGAGUUAGUGCAAUGAGAUACGAGUUGAAACGAGGCUGAGCGCGUUGCGAUAAAGAGUGACGGAUUAAAUAAAAUUUAGAUGCCGUAAAACCAACAGAAAAAAUGAAUAAUAAUUAUUAUUAUAAUAACGAGACUACGAACAAACAAAAAACACACACACACACACACAUACACACGCAUACACACACACGCACACAUAUGACAAAAGGAUAACCGUAGAUGUUAUGAAAUAUUAAACGAUUAUACAUAAACCACGUGUUAUAUAAAUAUAUAAAUAUAAGUGGGCGAAAAAUAUUUAUGUAUUUAUAUGAGCCAUUAUACAUAUGCAUAGAGCGUGAGAAUGCGAGAGAGAGAGCGAGAACGAAACAGGAGCGAAAACGUGUGUGUGUGUGUGUGUGUGUGUGUGUGUGUGUGUGUGUAUGUGUGUGUGUGUGUGCGUGCGCGUGUGUAAACUGAAGAAAGAGCGAAAGAGAAAUAAUUAGAGCAAAGUAGGAGAAAAAGAAGAGAUAUAUAUGUAUAUUAUAUAUGCAUAUAAAUACAUGUAUAAGUGUAAUAUUAGGCGACGAUUAAUUAGCACGUGGUGGAGAACGCUGAUGAUUAACAUUAAAUCAGAUUCGAAAAUAAUGACAAGGGGCAAACGACUAAGAAAAAAAAGGACACGCGCUAUCCAAAUACCGUGACGCUCGACGCUGUGUUAAUUAUCGGAUUUACGUAUAUACGUUUAUAGAUAUACGUACAUACAUUAUGUAUCUAUGUCUAUACAUUAAUAUACGUAGACUUGAGCGACGAUGUAUGCGUGGGUGUGUGUAUGUGUGCGCGCCCAUGAGAAAAAGUGGAAACGAAGAAUCUCGAGGAAACGAAAAUACUACACAGCGUUUUAUUGGCUGGCCUGCCGUACCUCGCGAAGCAUCUGCUCAUCGUCUCGCCUCACAUCAAUCGUGGCAAUGGAUGCGCCCGAGGAUCAUUUGAAAAUCCAAAUUUCCUUCUAUUUUGUUCCUCCUCGAGAAAAACACGAAAGCUGUUUAUUCAAUCGUUUGAUUUUGGAUAGUUUUUAAAUGGCGCGAUGCUUUUUUCACCGGUCCGAAAGUUUCUUGACGAAAGAAAAUACGGAUUUGCUGCGACUGAGGAAUCCAAGUUCGGGAAGUCGAGCCUCGGACGACGCCGGUGACAAUGCACCAGUCCUGAAACUCUAUCGCGGACCUCUUGGUAAUCUCGUCGAGCAAUAAAAUCGAAAGACGAAAGUGCGUGUUCGCAGAGAGCAGCCUUAAACGCUCCUUCGACGAAUGGCGUCCGAGUAUUUCUAGCGAUGCACGAAAUUUAUUAUUUUUAAUUGGAAUCUCUCGAUCCGCAGAUCAUUUGGACUCGUUUUACCUUCAGUCGAUUCAUUUGCUUCUUCAUCGUGGGACGAAGAGAUUCGAAGGGAAGCGAAAGGGCGAUUGGAAUUUUAGUUUAUUAGUUCAUUUAUUAUUUUGUGAAAAAAAAAUACAAAUAAACGAAGGAGCUCCGCGAGGUUCGGCGACUGUUCAGAUCAGACCGGUGCGCAGAAGAAAGCGGUAGAAAAAACGUCCUGGGUGCUUUCUUCCGCGUAUACUCGAUCGGAAUCUCUGCCGCGAGAGAAAAGAAACAAGACGACGAACGAUGCAAAGUAGUGGAGGCAAAGAACGAAGAAAAGACGGGGGAGAAGGGAACCGCGCGGAGUUGUUUCACGGGAGCCUCAUUUGCGUAAAUAACACGGACGACACACGCGCGCGCAUCACACCACCGAAACACACAGAGAGACGGACGAACACGUAGACCUUAAGAACUCGAAAGAAUCAAAGCGAAAGAUAGAUCAAAAUAAAUCAAACAUAAAAAAAAAAAAAAA